AUGGCCGUCGAAAAGAAAGACGAGGUCAUCAUGCUCGAGCAGCAGCAGACCAACGACCCGGAGAUCCUCAAGCCCAUACCCGCGGUUGACAAGCAGGAUUACUCCGGCGCUCACGAAAAGACCGACCCUCGCGAGAUUGCUCUCGUGAAGAAGUUGGAUCGCUGGAUCAUGCCCAUGCUUUGGAGCAUGUACUGGCUCAACUACCUUGACCGUAAUGCAAUUGCUCUUGCGCGUCUGAACCAACUUGAGAAAGACUUGAACCUCAGCAGCACACAGUACCAGACCUGCGUGUCAAUUCUCUUCGUCGGUUAUCUUCUUGGUCAAAUCCCCUCUAACAUGUUCUUGACUCGAACUCGACCUUCUCGUUACAUGGGUAUUGCCAUGAUGCUUUGGGCUACCGUCAGCGCCUUGACUGCUCUCUCUAAGAACUUCACUGGUCUCCUCCUCACUCGUUUCUUCCUGGGUAUCACUGAGGCGCCGUACUAUCCCGGUGCUGUCUAUCUUCUCUCCUGCUUCUAUACCCGAAAGGAGGUUGCUACCCGUAUUGCUAUCCUGUACACUGGUAACAUUCUCGCCACAGCCUUUGCUGGUCUUAUCGCAGCUGGUAUCUUCUACGGUCUCGACGAUGUCGCUGGAAUCUCCGGCUGGAGGUGGCUCUUCAUCCUCCAGGGUCUCGUCACUUUCGUCAUUGCUAUCAUCGGCUUCUUCCUCCUUCCCGACUUCCCCCACAACACCAAGUGGCUUACCCCAGACGAGCGCGCAUUGGCCACCAACCGUAUGGAGCUCGAUACUGUCCAGAACAAGGGCGAGACCUCUACCUGGAAGGGCUUCCAGCAGGCGUCCAAGGACCCUAUGGUAUGGAUCUUUGCCCUUAUGGCACACAUGCAUCUUGCUGCGAACGGUUUCAAGAACUUCUUCCCCACCGUCGUAGAGACCCUCGGUUUUGACCAGACCAUCACCUUAGUCCUUACUUGCCCUCCAUACUUGAUCGCUGGUGCGGUUACCAUCGCCGUUUCAUGGUCUUCCGGAAAGUUCAACGAGAGGACUUGGCAUAUCACUGUAUCGAAAGCUGUCGCAACUAUUGGAUUCGUCGCCGCUUGUCUUACAAUGGACUUGGCCGGACGUUACGUAUCCAUGGUCAUCUUCACCAUCGGUACAUACGGUGUCAAUUCGCUCAUCUUGGGUUGGUGCGGAAGUACGUGUGGUCAAACGAAGGAGAAGAAGGCCGUCGCCAUUGGCAUUGUUACCACCAUCAUGAACGCUUCUUUCAUCUGGACACCAUACCUCUGGCCCAAGACUGACGAACCACGCUACGCCAUCGCUUUGGGAUCUUCUGCAGGAUUCUCAGUUGCGACUGCUCUGCUCGCCUGGGUUGCGAAGUUCAUCAUGAUUCGAAGGAACAAGAAGCUCCGCGAGUCCGACAACGAGGUCGAGGUCUUCUACGUCUAUUAA